AUGGCCUGGACCGGCCAAUCCGGUAUGCCGCCUUUCGAGCAGCAAAUGGGGUAUGGGCAGAAUGGAGAGGACUGGGAGGAUUGGUUGCGGUGGGAUCCUACCGCCGAUGCGACAUCUCCUGAGGACGGCACCUUCGGAUCUGGUUCGAGUAAGAAUGAUUCGCCUUUGCAGGAUCCAGCACUACCAUUUGUGGACACAGCCUUCGGUGGAGAGACGUUGGCCCUGCCACUUAUCGCCGGAGAGGAUAUGCUGGAAUUUGCUGGCGUGAGCCUGGGCAAUGAUCAGACUGUUCUUGGUGGUGCCGAUGGUUACACCUCUUUCGACUUUGAUAUGGCCCCUCUACCCGCGCAACAACCAAGCAUAUCAAAGCUAGACACGACGUGGCAACUGCCUUCGAAUGCGGAGCUGCCCAAUGUGGACUUGUCCGCGCUAUCGAACCCGAGCGUCCAACAGUUCUCACAACCUGGACCGGCCCCUUCGGAUACGCCAAGUCUCCACUUCAGCCCGACCUCAUCACAGAACCGAGCCAGUAUGUCUGGCAACUCAAUCUCCAAUUCUCCGCCUCAACCGGCGCCUAAGAAGAAGGGUGGCCGGAAGCGCAAAGCAGAGAUCAUGGAGGAGGAGCAGAUAGAGGACAUGGGCGACUGGCAAGAAGGCGACGAGCCGCCAGUUAAGAAGACUUCGCACAACGUCAUCGAGAAGCGGUAUCGCAACAAUUUGAAUGACAAGAUCGUGGAGCUACGUAGCGCCGUUCCUGCUCUCCGGGCCAUGGGCCGCGCGCACAAGGGAGAGAAUACGGAGGACUUGGAGGGCUUGACGCCGGCGCAUAAGCUCAAUAAAGCUACUGUGAUGCACAAAGCGACGGAGUAUAUUCGACACCUGGAGAAGAGAAAUAAGACCAUCUCUGAUGAGAUGGACUUGCUCAAAGAGCGCUUGGCGGCCGUGGAAGCGGCGAUAGGCAAGAAUAGAGACCGGCAAUCCAGUCUGAGUCACAGCCCACCGACACCGAACGCUACGAUGCGACCUCGACAAACUUCUGCGGCAUCGCAGAGUGGUGGACAAGCAUACCUUGGCGUAUCUCCUGAGCAGACACGGUACGGUCAGCAGUAUAUACAGCCUCAAGGGCAGCCCGCGUAUGCUCGACCAUCUGGACCACCGGCUGAAGCGCAGAAUCAGCCUCAGUAUAGAUAUGGUAGGAACGGUGGCGGAGGUACGAUGGGCAAAGUCAUGAUGGGCGCCAUGGCUGGGUUGAUGGUGAUGGAAGGGUUCAGUGAGCAGGAUGGCGAUACUCGACAGAUGUUCGCUGCACCGACGGCGCUGUUCAGACGUGGUCUGGACUUGCACAGUACUUCGCCUACGGUACUGGCGCGACAGAUGACACUGCCACUCGUCAAGAUCUUCUGCAUUAUCGGAGCACUCCUCUACAUCAUCGCACCCCUCAUCAAUUUCUCACCACGCCGAAAGGCAAAAACACGGCCUACCGUCCGCCUACCACAGAUGCCCUCCCUCGCCUCCCCAGUCGAAGUAAGGCGGAAAGCAUGGCUCACGGCAUUGCAGACUGUAUACGUGCCGAAACACUUCCUCCUCGAAGUCGCGGCCGUCACAGCCAAGAUGAUCAGUCUGAGCCUGCGCCGCACGAUCGGAACCGAAACCUGGAAUGCCAUGACCGGCACCAACAAGGAAGAAGAAGCCGCUCGGAUGAAAGCUUGGGACAUCGCGAUCGAUGCUCAACUCGCAGGAGGCGAUGCGGAAGUGAGUUAUCAUCGCCUACUCCUCACACUCAUGGCUUCCGGGACGCUUCCGGAUAGUCCAGCGAGGUUGAUGCAGAAGGCUGUGCACUUCCGAGUCUUCUUCUGGGAGGUUGCCAAUGCUGGGUAUGGCAAUAUCCUAGGCUUCAAGCAGUUUACAGAGAAAGUGGGUAAAAUCUACUGGAACUCUGCUCGCAAACUGCAAAAAGAACUUCUCCACGCCAAAUCCCAAGGUCGACCUGCGCCAGAGGAUGAUGUAGAACUCCUUCCCGAUCAUCUUGCUGACCUCGUAGAACUCGAAUGCGACGACGUACUCAAUGACGAGAUGAUUCAGCGUGCGUGGAACCUCGCCUGGAAUAAACCUUCAGCUUACAACACGAGUCGGGAUAUGGCUAGAGAUGGCGUGAUAGAAGAUCAUGCUAUCCGCUCGCCUCUCGAUGCCGUCGCGGCAUGGUACGCUAACAUGACGGUCGAUGAUACGCUUCUGGAUGCCGUGGCCGAGCAUCCAAGUAGUAUCAACACGGAGUACUACCUCGCUCUUGCCGUCAGCGUGGCACCGCCUGUUUCUGCUACGCUGGCUAGAGCGCUUGCGGCGAAGGCUGUGUUGUCGAAUAGUCAUCGCGACGCUAAUAUCGUCUUGGCACUCGAAGCGCUCCCGAGUAAGGCUGGUGUAGGAGAGAGAGGUGUGACGAUGAAUCUGGUACAGCAUGUGCCCGCUACACCGGAUGUGCAUGUCGCUCUUACGAUCGCCAAGUUGCUUUCACUCCUGGCGCCGGGGACGACAUUUGUGGCGCAACGCAAGGCUUACGAAGCACUUCCGGAGUUAUAUAUAACCGCUGAAAGCUUCACCCUCCUGACAGCAAUCGCUGCAUACCGCUUGCUGAAGACGACGAAUAUGGAUCGCGGGACACCACUCCCCGCACAACAGGGUUUGGAGGACGUGGCUGCUAACUUGAGACUGUGGGUUGGGACGUUGGCGGGACGAGAGGUUGGAUUGGGAGCGGAGGAGAUGGGAAGGGUGGUGCAGGUUUGUCUUGGGGUGGUGGGAAAGGUUGGUGGGUGGGAGGGGGAGAGGGAUAGUGGGUAUGGGGGUUCUUCGGCUGGGGGGAGUCCUGUCAGGGAGGUGGGGAACAUGGGUUUGGUUGUUUAG